UCGAUUCCAUGAACCCGUUAUUCUUUUAAGUAGUGAUAAAUUCCUGUAAAUACAAAUGUACUUUUUUAUGUGAUCAUUUUCCCACUCACCCAGUCACUCCACGAAUUUAUGAGGUACUUCGAUCUCAAUUUUUUUUCCAUCUAAACGAAGUGAAAGCGAAAACGAUCGACGAGUGAACAUGCAACAAUGAAGAUCAACGAAGUUUUUGGAAUUUGUGUUGUUUGGGUGUAUCUCGGUGGUGUUUGCACCACUCAUUUGUUGAUAAACGUCAAGAAUCAAGGCGGUGAUAUAUUUCUGGAAACAAUCACUUCAAAUGUCACUGAUGACGUGAUAACUCUGGAAUUUCAAAGGUCUGAUGGAACACUCGUGACACAAUUAAUGGACUUUAGAAAUGAAGUCCAAGUGAUGAAAGCUCUAGUCCUGGGUGAGGAGGAACGAGGUCAGAAUCAGUACCAAGUCAUGUGUUUUGUGAAUCAUUUUUAUAAAAUGGAUUUUAUAUCGUCCGAUGCAAUGGCCAAAUUGCGACAAAAAAAUCCAGGCACAAUUAGAGUUGCUGAUGAGGAUCGGGGGUAUACAAAUUACACUAUGGACUUAUUUUUGGACGUUUCCAAGUCGAAAAUCAUCUCUAAACAUAUUGCCACACUGUGCACUGAGGCAGCUGACUCCACGUAUACGAGGAGAGAGGAUCUGAAGCAAUGGGUUCAGAGACCAGAUUCGUUGUUUGUCUUCGCCUCUGGCAGUAGUCCACACGCAGGUUGGAAUGGCCUGUUUUCCUCCCUUGGUGCACAAUCUACUAUUUAUGGUGUAAAAUUGCUUUAA